UUCAGUCUUGUGAGGUCUUUUGAAUAUAUAAAACGUGUCGAGCUACAAUUCAUUGAAAACAUAUAUUUCCAUGGACAAUAUAUAAAAUAAUUAAUAUCUAGCCCCAGGAUGCUGUGACGGGCUGGUGUUUGCGAAAAUUAAUAAAAUAAACCUUAAAAUUGAUUUGGUGUAUACAAUUAAAAGGAGCUUACGCAUUCGUUUUAUCAAUUAGUAUCAAGAAGAUGCAAAUUAGUGAAAAGCAAAUAUGUAAAAGUGAAUAUUUUGCAUAUGGCUGCAAUUUUGUGCAAACUGUAAACGUUUCGUUAAAUGCAUUUCCCAUAUAAAUAAUAUAUAACAACAACAAAUAAUACAUUAAAAUGCUAUAGAAAAUCCGAAAUUAAAUGUGGUAAACGGAAAUGAGUCUAAAUAACUCCACAUUUCAAACAGCUUUUGUUGACAUUAGGAUUUUAAUGAGUUUCAAUUAAAAAGCGUAUGUGAAAUGUCAGAGCACAUUUAACAAGCAAUAUUAAAAUUCCAUAUCAAAGAAGAAAAAGAAGAGUGUGUGUGUGCGAGACACAAAGAGUGUGAGAGAGGGUACACAAAUAAAUCAAUCAAUUAAAAUUGUAAACGAGCUACACAUCCACAUCCAAUUCCAGGCCCAGGGCCCCGUCCGAAGAUGGACACACGUAUACACAAUCUAACACUGCCAACGCCAGCCGCAACAACAAUUAUGUCCACGUCAGCAGCAGCAGCAGCCGCAGCAACAACGGCGAUGGCCGCUGCGAUGUCUAGGGCCACAGCAACAACAAAUGCCCCAGCAGCAACAACACUGGAAACAACAACGACAUCAACUGGACCAGGCACAUUUUUUACAUACAGCAUACCAGGCAUGGACAUCGCGCCGGGACCAUUUAUAUUCACCUACGUUAGUGAAUUUUUAUCGCUUAUCACGCCGGAAGAAUUGCCGCUUGAUUCUAUACGGGAUGUACUACAUAAGAAUGGUAGCCUAAUCGACUUUGCCUCUAAUGCCAUUAAAAUCGAAUCGGGCUUCAUCGCACUGAUGAGCAUAUUUGCCAUACUGGCUUUGGUGCCACUGAUUGCCACCUGUGCUUGGUGCUGCGGCCGUCGGAGCACACAGGAUGAAGUGGACCUCAUACGGAACGCCCCGGUGCACAUUCGCGACGAGUCCUUGGAGGAAAGUCUGCGAUGUCGCAAAAGUGCUUCGGUAGUCACACUUUGGAUUGUCUUCAUACUGCUCACGCUGAGCGACCUUAGCAUAUUUUAUGCCAAUAGUCGGCUAUCGACUGGGAUUGAGAUGACGCCGGAGAUGGUCAAGUCGGCGGUGCACGACGUGGAGGUUUUUUUAAAGGAUACGCAUCUACAAAUCAAACACAAACUAGAUAAUGGCUUUCAUGUUUCCGUCGAGAAAGUUGUCAAAGACUUGGAAGACGUGGAUGUUCUCCUUGGCGAACCAAUUCAAGCGGAAAUAUCUGCACACACUGGCCUCGAGCUGGCAUAUGAUUCAUUGACAACACUUAGCCUGGCGAAUGCGGAGCUCAUUUAUCGCGUCCUUAUGCUUCAAGAGACCGUCGGACGCGCUCUGAAGCUCUCCCAGGAGGCAGCCGCCCGCAUGGAGGAGCUACAGAUACAAUUAUCCGUGCUGCAGCGCCAGUGCACGUACCGAGAUCGUCCGCUCUGUGACACAUUGCGUAUACGCAGCUUCGAGGAAAACGGGGUUGUCGAUGCGCUCAAGACGCUGCAAGAGGACCAGAGCAUCUUUCGCAUGCGAUACUUGGGCGAAAUUGAAUUUGGUUCCACUGUCAAGAAUCUGACAUCGGAAGUUGGCGUCUCACGUUCAAUUUUCAGCAAUUUCCCGCAACAAGUUAAGCACGAUACAGCAUAUGAACGAAACUAUACGCUGGAGCAGCUGGCGAGCAUAAGGCACAGGACGACAGCCAAUGCCCAGCUGUUGACAUCGACAAUUAAUGCGUUGCUGGAGCGUCUGGAUCGAACGUGGCCAGCACUGGAGCCGGCUUACAUAGAGCUUAAGGAGUGGGCGAACACGUACUGGGGUAUUGGAUGGAUUGCCGCCAUGGUCAUCGUUUGGGUGCUGCUCUUUAUGCUAAUGUCCUACUGUUGCUUCCUCUGCGAGUCGAACGCCAAGUCCGGCAUUGUCUUCUUCGUUACCGUCUUGGUCAUUUGCCUGGGCAGCAUUGGACUCACCUUCUAUGGCGUCUUCUCCCUCGCCAUUGGCGGUAACGUCGAGGUCUUCCUCUGUCGCUCCAUCCAAGGCCCAAACUACGAGAUGCUGGGCAAGCUAUUCGAUAAGCCCGGCUAUGUGUAUGCAGCAGAGCCCCAAACAGGCAUCAUUGGAGAGCUCCUUCGUCCCGCUGGCGUCAAUCGCUCCGUUGUCAACGUCAAUCUGGGCACAGCACUCAGGGGCUGCGAACAAAAUCAAGCAUCGUACAAUGUCUUUCAAUUGGAUGCAUUCGUUAAUACCACCAAAAUAGCCGACUUAAAACAAUUCCCGAAAGUAUCAACGGCCAUCGAUGCCAUUUCGGUAUCGGAGCGAACGCUCCUCUCGCUGACCCAAUCUAUUCAGAAUAUUUUGGAGAACAUGUUGCAAACGUCAGCCUUUAAUCUGACCACGUAUCGGAACAGCGUUGGUGCACCCACGCCCGAGAAGGAUUUAGCCACAUUCAUUGAUCAAAUGCAGCGCGUUGCCCUCCAGAUUCAAGAUGUGGCCACUUCGUCCCGCAUGACAACUUUGGGCAGUCGGUCGAAACGAUUGCAAGCUUCGAUACUGCAGCCGCUUGAGAAUCUGCAGAAUGAAAUACUUUACCAUCUGACUGCGUUGGAGCUGCAGAGAGAUCCCUGGGCGAAGCAGGUUAAUCAGACACUCAAUCACUUGAAAAACAUUCAAGGAUAUUUGGAGAACAAAGCUGGGGAGAUCUGUCACAAUCUGACGCGCGUCUAUACAGAGCGCCUCAAGACAUACCUGACCAGCAGUCGAGCCACAAUGGAGUCACAGCUGGGGGAUACCACAACCAAGUGCCGUCCGUUCUACGAUACGUUUGAUGCCAGUCGGAUAUUUUUGUGCCGCAAUCUGGUGGACUUUGUUAAUGGUCUGUGGUUCUUUGUCUUUCUGACUCUGUUGCUCUGGGCCAUUGGCACACCAGUUGGCCUCAAUCUGAUCACCAUACAGACGCGACUGAAUGCCAUGUUGCUGGCACAGAAGCGAAACAAGGGGAAGCAGCGCAGGAGUGACAGAGACAGUGAACGGGACCAGCGAGGAACUGGCACACGUGGACGCCCGAAGCAGCGGACGAGCAACGCUGGGAAGCGAGAACAGCAACGGGAUCGAAGCACUAGUAGUGCAACGGCACGCUCCCGACCACCAUUACGACGCACUGCCACAGAGGAAACUUUAGACAUAGCUGACGAGGACUCCACGCCAUCGAGACAGCAGCACCAACAGCAUCAUCACCCACAACAGCAGCGGCGACAGGAGUCGGAGCAACGUGAAUUGGAUCGUGAGCGAGGACGUGAUCGCGAGCAGCGGAGCCGAGAGCGUGAGCUGAGUCGUGGACGAGAAAUGGCGAUGAGCAAUACCCCAGUUCGAAGUCGCCAGCAGCUACGUCGCGCUGAACCAAUGCCCGAGGAUGACAAUUGGGGUUCAUCCAGUGCACCCAGUAGAGCCAACUCCAAUGAGCGCGAAAGCAGUCAGUCUAGAAAGAUCAUCAACAUUUGGCAGUCGAGAAAUAAGAUCAAGGCACCGAUUCGCCGCCAAGGUACUGAGGAGCUAGACUUUGAGGAUGAACAAGCACAGCAGGACAGCGGACAGCGGAGGGCCAAGUCCAGCGCCAGUCCCGAGUUGCGACAAUUCGAGAACCGACGCCAACAGCAGCAACACCCGGACAAUCGAUCCCAAUCGCAAGCUAAGUCCAAGUUGCGUAGUACGAAUGUGGACAGAGCUAGUAGCCAAGUGGCUCGUCGUCCGGUCACGCCCGUUCUGAGCGUCAAUCCCGAUGUGCCAGCUGCCGUGCCGAUGCCCCGAACGCCAAUGCGUUUGAGGAGCAAGGUCUCAUUGACAGCCCGAGCCGUGCAGGAUAUUGUGAAUAAGCGAAGCCAGCGUCUCCAACGUACUGGUACCGAUGAAUUUGAUCUAGAUGAGAGCGAUACCUACGGUACUGGAGCACAUCUGGACGCGGACGUCGCUGCCGCACGUCGCACUCCGCCACGCAGCGCACCUCCGCCUCCACCGCCACCGACGACCGGGAUGAACAGCGACAAAGACUAUAUAAUCUGAACCUAACCGAAAACUCAACCUUUUUUUCUUGUACCGCCAACCGUUUCGUUCCCCAACAACCCAUCAAAAUAAUCCAAAAUCAGAAGCGGCGGCGAACGCACUGUACGUUGGAAUGAAGAGGAGGAUUUUGUCUUCGAAGAUGCUGACUCACCUACACCAAAUCGCCAUUGAGAGCCCAGCUUGCUAAUUAGUUACCCUUAAGAUAUAUCUUUUGUAUUUCAACAUAACAAUAUUUUUGAUUUAUUAGGAUGAAUUUAGUCUAUUCAGUCUAGUCUAUGAUAGUAUCAAGCUUUUCAAUAAUUCUUAAGCAUUUAAGUUGCGACUUAAUCACAAAUAAAGAAUGGUGCAACAAUCACAUACGAUAUACAAAAUAUAUA